AUGCAGACGUCAAUGGUGAGCGCAAAAGUUAGUAUAUGGCUAGUAUGUAGCGUUAUAUGCAGUAGCCUGGUACGGGCUACGCAAUCUGUGUGUUCGUCGCAAAACACAGCGACCACUGACGGUGUACGAAAUCAAUUUCAGAGUAAUGGUUGGUGUUCAAAUAACUGUGCUGGUCAUCAGUUUGCCAUCGUACAGGGGUUCAUGUGCUGGUGCAGUGAUUCGGAACCGAGCACUCAGACAUCGGUGGGAGACUGCAGUGGCACUUGUCCCGGUUAUGGCUACGAAGAUUGUGGUAAUGCGGAUAAGGAUCUUUUUGGUUAUAUAUAUCUGGGGCAAACCCCGCUAAGUUCUGUACAGAGUGUGGAAACGUCAACAGAGUCCAGUGUGUACGUUUCAAGUAGCUCUAUCACGAGUAGUAGUAGUACGAGUAUUGUGGACACAACCACAAUCUCGCCGACUCUGACGUCAACGAGUACGACCCCAUUGACAACCGCCUCAACCAGUACAACACCAUCAACUGAUAUAACAUCGGCACUGCCCACGACUACAAGCACAAAGUUGUCAACAUCCAUUCCCACAAGCACGACAUCGUCAACCUCUACCACCACAAGUACCUCAUCGUCGACUUCUACGACCGUAAGUGUCACAUCAUCAACAUCUACCACCACAAGUACUACGUCGUCAACCCUCAUUUCCACGAGCACAUCAUCAUCAUCAUCAUCAACUCCAACCACAACAUCGUCAGCCCCCAUUUCUACAAGCACGACGUCGUCAACUUCCACUUCAACAAGUACAACAUCGCCAACUUCUUCUUCAGCACCUACAAGCUCGUCUAAUACAACACCAACGAGCACAACGUUCACUACGACAUCACCCAGUACAGCCCCUUCAAGCACUACGGUUACUUACACCAGUACCACAGCAUCUCCAAUAACGUCCACUAUAACUUCUGUAAACCUGCAGACCUCCUUAAAGUAUUCUGUGAUAACAGUGACUUCAGUGCACACCAUGGACACUAACAUUUCGGAAAUCACCUCGAGAUAUCUCACCAUGAAAAAAGUAAUAACGCAGAUUUACUCUUCCACCCUCGGGGCUACUCCUACUUCUGCAGUGGCUACUACGUCUGCCAGCGUAGGUGGUAGAAUAACAAACAAUAACAAUAGUAACACCACCAACAGCAAUACACCAACUAACAAGUCUACAGAAAAGAAAGGGUACUGGGAUUCGCCCGGGAAAAUAGCCGCUACUUUCGUCGUGGUUGGAGUGGUAUGUUUGGUAAUUAUAUGCAUACUAAUAUACUUAAUACAUCAUUAUAGAACAAGACCCGCUCGGAAGGCUCAAGAUUUUGAGAAUGAAUAUCAGAGUAAGUUUUACCAGUCCAAGUACCCAAAUGAAGUUACCACUACCACGUUACACACGCCUUCACCAUCUUCAAAUUCAACUUUCUCGACCCCAAGAUUAAUAUACACUGAUGAAAAGGGACAAAUUAUGUCUGAAUCACCAUCCCCACGUCAAUCUACGUAUUCCUUGACUGCAGGCAGUCCACCAAAUGACCCAAGCACGUUGGCAAGCCCAUUUCACGAUCCCAUUCUUCCCAGAAGAACUUCUACUUUUCUUCAUUCGCCCAUUCAAAAGCAACACGAAAAAAUGGAAUCAAACGUUACUCUAGGUGAAGACACGGUACUGGUGGAUCAGAGGCUAGACCCAAGUAAGAUGCUUAACACUUUAGCAAAUGACGAUGCCACAAACCACUCUACCAUUUCGUUAUCAGACAACGUAGACUACUCCAGGAGGGUUCUGCGGCUAAUGAACGAAUAA